AUGUUCCCCAAGCUUCCCAAGCUCAACCAAUUCCUGGUCCUUUCGCCUACCACUGGAGCUAAGACCCCCGAUAACUUGACUUCGUCUCCUGAGGAUGCUGAGAAAUCUGGCGCCCCUAUUCAUCGUCUGUCUUCAACUUCUAGUACCGAUUCUAGUAAGAGCUUUGCUAGCGGCUUCCUCAAGCUCGGUUAUGACCGGUCCUGA